UCAUUACCGCACUGCAUCGUAUCAGCUCCACAACUACUGCUACCACUUCUUCUCCUAUAAGUCUCAUCUCAUCUCUACCCUUCAACACCCCCCUCACUCACUCACUAUCCAUUCUUCUUCUUUGGCAUGCUUUGCUAAUUAUCAUUUUCAUCACCAUUGUUUCACAUUUUUCACACAUGGCUCUUCACAAUUUGCCACUUAAAUUUCUCAUCUUCUGCUUAAUCAAAGGUGUUUUGGGGACUACUUUUACAUUUUCGAACAAGUGCGACUACACGGUCUGGCCAGGGAUUCUCGGCACCCCAGCUCUCGACACGACCGGAUUCGAACUUGCCAGGGGAAAAUCGCGGUCCAUUCAAGCUCCGGCAGGGUGGUCGGGCCGGUUCUGGGGGAGAACCCGUUGUAAUUUCGAUGGAUUAGGCCAUGGGUCGUGUGCCACAGGAGAUUGUGGUUCAGGACAAAUGGAAUGCAAUGGAGCCGGAGCAGCCCCACCCGCUACUCUAGCAGAGUUUACUCUUGGGUCCGGGUCCGGUACACAGGACUUCUACGACGUCAGCCUUGUUGAUGGGUACAAUAUACAAAUGAUCGUGGAGGUGAGUGGCGGAUCCGGUGGUUGUGGUACUACAGGUUGCGUCGAUGACUUGAACCAGCGGUGUCCAAGCGAGCUGAGGGUGGCUGAUGGUGGAGGGUGUAAAAGUGCGUGUGACACGUUUGGAACGCCGGAGUACUGUUGCCAGGGUGCCUUCGGUUCGCCAGCGGCUUGUCGCCCUACUGCAUACUCGGCGUUGUUUAAAUCGGCGUGCCCGAAGUCCUAUAGCUACGCCUUCGAUGAUGCAACUAGCACGUUCACGUGUACGGGUGCUGAGGAUUACACCGUCGUGUUUUGUCCCUCGAUACACAGUGAUAGCAUAAAAUGGAAAGCGGGCAACAUGAGCCAUGAUUCACUGAAUGCAUUGUACGACUUGUAUGCGCGUCUUGCAUCAGGCUCACCGGUCAUCACGAACCCUUGUUUGUUAAACCUUAUGCUUGGUUUGGCUAUUUAUGUAAUCUCAAUUUGGCAUACGUCUUUUCUAAUGUUGUAACCAAUGUAAUGGUAUUCUUACAUGUACAUUUAAUGAGAAAUUUUUUCAGAAAUGAGAAUUUCUUUUAUAGAAA